AUGCACACUCUCGGCUUGGAUUCUCAGAAAAACAGCGACAACAACAAAUCUAAACCGGAUCACUACCAAGCAACAAUCUUCCAGGGCGAAAGAGACCAACUUUCGUACGGGAUGCAGCACGGUCCUGAAGCGGCCCCUGGAUUCGUCGAUGCUCCGCAGCGCGAUAACUUGGGGCUUGCUUUACAACCUACAACCCAAUCCCAGGAUAAGCCUUUCAGAAAUCGGAUCAGAGAUAUCCUUGACGGGGUCGAUGCUAUGCCCGGCACCAAAUAUCAUUCAAGUGAGCCCAUGGCCCUCAACCUGCUGCUCCAAUCAUGGGAGCCCAAGGCCUCGGCUGGCGCUUCCAGCACCGGGAAGACGAUUCUUGUGGCUGCGAAGAAUGCCAAAACGGGAAUGCCAGGAAGUCCCUGGCCGACGAGGAAGUGCAGAGUGACUGGCCUGCCUAAACGCCUGACGCUCCAGGACGACUGCCCCGGGUAUUCGGAGCGCAAGGAUGAACGAACCUGGGUUAAGUGGUGUGAGGCUGAUAAUAGGUUGCCUAAACGUAUUGAUGGAUACGAGACGGGUGACAGUGAUCUGGAAUGGUCUGAAUUCCAGGCAAAGAGACGAGAGCAGCAGAAGAAGAGACAAAGAUGA